AUGGCAAGUCAAGUAAUGGGUGGAACUCGAGCCACUCAUGUGUUUUCGAUGCUUGUGUUAAUCUCAUUCUUUGUUAUUGCAGCACAGGGAGCCAUUGAGGAGUAUGCUCCUAUGAAGAUUCUCAUGGAUGAAUGGGACAUAAGACCUCCCGGUUGGGUGGGUUCAGAUCCUUGUGUUGGUGGCUGGGAAGGUAUUGAAUGCACCAAUUCACGUAUAACCUCCAUAGCAUUGGCAGAUAUGGCUUUGACAGGUCAGCUUCCAAGCGAUAUCGAGCUGUUAUCUGAGUUAGAGAUUCUGAAUCUGUCUUUCAACAAGGGCCUGAAAGGACCACUUCCGGCAUCAAUUGGAAAAUUGACGAAACUAGUAUACUUAAACCUAGUUGGUUGCAGUUUCGUUGGCCCUAUCCCAGACACAAUAGGAUCUCUAAAGCAGCUGUCUUAUCUAUCUUUGAAGAACAAUAGUUUCAAUGGGCUGAUUCCGCCUUCCAUUGGUAAUCUGACCAAACUUUUCUUUCUGGAUCUUUCUGACAACAAACUUGUGGGAUCCUUCCCAGUACCUGGUCUUGAUCAGUUAGAGAAGGCGAGGCACUUUCAUUUUCAAAAUAAUCAGCUCUCAGGCAAAAUUCCACCUGAACUUUUCAGCUCACGGAUGAAUCUGAUACAUGUGAUUUUUGACAGAAAUAAUCUAACUGGCAGCAUUCCUUCCACACUUGGACUUGUGCAGUCUCUGCAGGCAGUACGCCUUGAUAGGAAUUCUUUAAAUGGGUCCGUACCAAGCCUCAAAAAUCUUUCUAACAUCGCUGAACUGCACUUGUCCAACAAUCAGCUGACUGGCCCCGUGCCCAACCUUACUAACCUGAAUAACCUAAGCUAUGUGGACAUGAGCAACAAUACUUUUGAUGUAUCAGAUGUUCCUAGUUGGUUUUCGACAUUGCAGAAUCUGACGACAUUAAUGAUGGAAAACACACGACUUCAGGGAGAAGUUCCUCAAGCUCUAUUCAGCAAUUACAAUUUGGAGACACUGGUACUGAGGAACAACAAGAUCAAUGGUUUAUUGGAUCUCGAAACCAUUUCUAGCAACCAUUUGCAACGGAUUGAUAUGGAAAAGAACUUCAUUACUGACCUUAAACCAAGUGCUGGAGGAUCCAACUAUACAUUAAUACUCGUUGAUAAUCCAAUUUGUGAGGGAACAAACAUGGCAAAUAACUACUGCAUUCUGUCUCCAUCAAAUUCCUCAAAUUUGAUACCACCAAGUAACUGUGCCUCUGUUGCCUGUAGUCUGGGCCAGGUUUCUUCCCCCAACUGUACAUGUGCAUAUCCUUACACAGGAACUCUAGUCUUCAUAUUUGUUUCUUUCUCCAAUUUGGGAAACUUUGGUUACUACAGAACUCUUGAAGCCGCACUCCUAGGAACCUUUCAGUCCAAUAACCUUCCUGUGGAAUCAGUUGCUCUGGGUUAUCCUACCUGGGGCUCAUCUUAUCACCUUGAACUGUUCAUACAAGUCUUCCCAUCUGGUCAAGAUCGCUUCAACCAAACAGAAGCAUCAGCAAUUGCGUCUGUGAUUAGCAACCAGACUCUUUCACCGCGUCCACCUUCUUUUGGACCCUACUCUGUUGUUUUUCCUUAUGGUAACUCAGGAGGAGGAGGAUCAAAAAAAGGUUUGAUAAUUGGUGCAGCAGUUGGUGGUUCUGUGCUUCUGUUAUUAUUAGCCCUUGUAGGGGUUUAUGCUCUCCAACAAAAGAGAAGAGCAGAUGAGCAAUGGAGCAGAUCAAUCCCUUUGUCUGGGAUUUCAAAUAGCAGUGCCAGUGCUCCUCGGCUAAAAGGAGCAACAUUGUUCUCUUUUGAAGAACUUCAGAAAUACACCAAUGGUUUUUCAGAAGCCAAUGAUGUUGGAGCUGGUGGUUAUGGAAAGCUUGUGGCAUUGACUGGCACAAGACGUGACAUCCAUGACCGUGUCAUGGUCAUUGCUUCCAUUGCAGCAAGAAACACCGACUUUUGCUCUUCAUUUUUCUUUUGUAAAUACUUUUGCCAAAUGGUUGCCAUUAAAAGAGCUAAAAGGGAUUCUAUGCAGGGAGGGCCUGAGUUCACAGCUGAGGUUGAGCUUCUAUCAAGAGUACAUCAUAAGAAUCUUGUCAGCCUUGUUGGUUUCUGUUUGGAGCAAGGGGAACAAAUCUUGGUAUAUGAGUACGUUCCAAAUGGUGAUUUGUUGGAUAGUCUUUCAGGGAAGUCAGGAAUCAGGUUGGACUGGUUGAGGAGACUUAAAAUAAUUCUUGGUGCAGCAAGAGGUCUGGCCUAUCUCCAUGAACAUGCAAACCCUCCGAUUAUACACCGAGACAUUAAAUCAAACAACAUACUACUUGAUAAAGAUUUAACUGCAAAAGUUGCUGACUUUGGCCUCUCCAAGUCUAUGGCUGAUAGUGGAACUGAUCAUGUGACUACUCAAGUCAAAGGAACAAUGGUCAGUAUUGAAAACUUCCCACCUCUCUACUAA